AUGGAGCGCCAGUACUCUAGAGAAAAGGACGAUGCGUUCCACCACGAAGUGACAGCAGAGUACCACGAGUACCCCGGCUUCUUUGGCAAUAUCCGUGGCCAACUGGAGGCAUGGCAUGGCAGCCGUGGCGACCGCAGCGUGCUCGCCUCCAUCGUCCCCCUCCCGCGCCACAACCCGCACAUGCCCAAGAACCCCUUCCUCGUCCUCCGGGGCAUGUCGGCCAUGGGGUGGGCAUCGUUCUUUGUCGGCUGGCUAUGCUGGAUGUGUGACGGCUACGACUACUUUUCCGUCCCCAUCACGGUGACAGACCUGGCCAAAUACUUUGGCCGUAGCACCAAGGACAUUACUUGGGCCAUUACAGUGACGACCCUCUGCCGCCUGCCUGGAGCCCUCUUCUUUGGCUUCCUUUCGGACCGCUACGGCCGUCGCUGGCCGCUGUGUCUCAACAUGUUGCUCGUGUUUGCGUUCGAGUUGGGGACGGGUUUCGUCCAGACGUACGAGCAGUUCUUGGCCAUCCGCGCGUGCUUUGGUGUUAUCAUGGGAGGCACCUGGCCUAUGGCUGUCGCCACUGCGCUCGAGAACAUCCCCAUCGAGGCCCGUGGAUUCGUUUCCGGCAUCGUCCAGCAAGGCUACACCGUCGGCUACCUCUUGGCCGCCGUUAUCGGCCUCACCGUCAGCGAGACGUCAAAGUACCACUGGCGCACCCUGUACUGGUUUGGCGCCGGCUUCUCCGUCCUAGCGUUCAUUGCGCGUGCGCUGCUCCCCGAAUCGCGCCAGUACGACUUGGCAAAGGAGGAAGCCGAGGCCGAGGGCCUCACGUCCAAGGAGGCCGCGAUAAACUUUAAAAAUUCGCUGUUUACCAUGGUCCGCAUCAACUGGAUCCGAUGCCUAUGGUGCAUUUGUGUCAUGGCAGCUUUCUGCUUCCUAGCACACUCGUCGCAGGACCUAUACCCCACAUACUUGAAGGUGGCGAAGGGUCUGUCACCGGUGCAAGCCAACAAGGUCGUCAUCAUCGCCAAUUGCGGUGCCGUUGCCGGCGGACUCAUUGGUGGCAACAUGUCGCAGUACGUUGGCCGCCGCUUCUCCAUUGUCUGCUCCAUCUUCUACACGGCCGCGUUCAUGGCACUGUGGCUCCUGCCGCACUCGUUCGCCGGUCUCGCCGCUGGCGGCUUCUUCAUGCAGAUGGGCGUCCAGUCCGCGUGGGGUGUCGUCCCGGUCUAUCUCUCCGAGUGCUCGCCGCCAGCGUUCCGCGCGCUGUUCCUCGGCGCGUUCUACCAGUUUGGCAACAUGGCCUCGGCCGGAUCUGCACAGAUCGAAGCGACGGUGGGCCAGCGAGUCAAGAUCAAGGGCACAGAUACCCCAGACUAUGCCCGUAUCCAGGGCGUGUUUGUCGGCAUCGUGCUUGCUGUCACCCUCGUCUGCGUCGUGCUCGGUCCCGAAGCCGACUCGAGCCACUUUGAGGCCGCCAAGGUUGCGUACAUGUCUGGCGCUGGAAAGGCCGUGGGCGGCGAGUUUAUUGAGCGGGACGACAAGCACCACGAGACGACGUUUGUGGAGGAGGUAACACACGAAAGGAGCCGAGCGGACAUCCACUAG